AUGUCGAAUAUCUAUGAAGUUAUUGAUGGCUUUGGUAUCGAAGAAACGCAAAAGAAUAAACUAAUAGUUUGUUUAAUGAAAAAUCGUGAAGUAAGAGAAGAAUUAUUUUUAGCCCUCCAAAGUCUCCAGACAAAAGAAUCUAAGAUGAGUCUUUUGAAAGAUUUUAUAUCCGAUGAACAUCAAGGGCAACGGCCACUCUCACCCUCUGCUGAAUCAAGUCGUUACAAGAGGACAAAAAUGUUAGCGGAGGAUUGGGAAAAAGACACCAGAAAAAUUACAUUAUUUGCGAGAACCGCUAUUGAUUUAGACUUGAACAAGGAAGUGAUUAUCGUUCCGCCACUUCCAGGAACCGAAAGCGAAACACAUAUCUAUAAGCAUCAUUGUUAUGACUAUUUCAAGAAAAUCAUUCUCGAGAGCAAGAAACAUAAGCGUUUCUGCAUCACCGGGAAUCCAGGAACGGGGAAGACAUUUUUCGGACGUUAUAUUAUGAGUGUUUUGUUAAAGGAAGGUUCCGAACUGUUGGUAGACGAUGCCAGUUACCCGCACCUAUAUCUCAUUACUCGUGAUGAGAUGAAUGAUUUUGAUGUGGAAUGGGUACAAAAUGAAGACUAUGGCAGAGUUGCAGGAAGAGACAAUGUAUGGUGUAUAAUCGACGGCAAACCACCCAGGGUAAAUCACGAUUUUGAUACCGGAAAACUAAUUAUGGUAUCAUCACCAAAGGAAUUGAACAUAAAAAAUUUUUGCAAACCAGUUAAUAUUACAAUCAAAGUAUACAUGCAAAUUUGGUCAGAGGCCGAAUUAGAAGAAUAUCGAUCAUUAAUCUAUCCAGAAUUUUCAAAGGACAAUCUUCAUGAAUCUUACCAAUUAUGUGGUGGUAUUCCAAGAAUAAUCUUCAAAUACACAUUAGAUGAGAUUGACGAUAUGAUUACGGCCUCUGUUGACAAUAUCAACACCAGAUUAUUUAGAUAUAUUGGCACAGUCAGUGAAGGCGAUGUUUAUAGUCAUAACUUAGUGCAUAUUCAUACUAAUGAGAAGCAGAUAAAUGUCAUCAUCAAUGAACGCACCUUUUUCAGACUUCCCUAUACUUCAUGUGAGCUAAAGUUUGCAUCAACAAUUAUUGCUUCUGUGUCAUUAUUAGGUUCUGUACGUGGAUAUAU